GCCGCAGCGGAGUCUCAGCCGCUCACGCUGCCCGCGGUGGCUCCCGCGACUCCCGGCGGCUCCAGUGGCGGCGCCGUUCCUCAGCCCGCGCUUCUUCCGGACGCACGGCGCGGGCACCUCCCGCCGCGCCGCAGCUUCGCCGCCGCUCGGGCUCCAGCGGUGGCGCGGCUCAUGCCUCCCGGCGCGGAGCGCUCAGGUGGGCCGGCCGCCGCGGGGAGAUAGGCCCCCGGGGGCGGCGGCGGCUGGACCAUGGCCCGGAGACCCCGGGCGCCGGCUGCCUACGGGGAGGACUUCUCCUUCGUCAGCCCGCUGGUGAAAUACCUGCUCUUCUUCUUCAACAUGCUCUUCUGGGUGAUUUCCAUGGUGAUGGUGGCCGUGGGAAUCUACGCUCGGCUAAUGAAGCAUGCAGAAGCUGCGCUGGCAUGCCUGGCAGUGGACCCUGCCAUCCUGCUGAUCGUGGUGGGCGUCCUCAUGUUCCUGCUCACCUUCUGCGGCUGCAUCGGAUCUCUCCGAGAGAACAUCUGCCUCCUGCAGACAUUCUCGCUCUGUCUCACCAUCGUGUUCCUGCUACAGCUGGCAGCCGGCGUCCUGGGCUUUGUGUUCUCAGACAAGGCUCGGGGGAAAGUGAAUGAGAUCAUCAAUAAUGCCAUCGUGCACUACCGAGAUGACUUGGAUCUGCAGAAUCUCAUUGAUUUUGGCCAGAAGAAGUUCGGCUGCUGUGGAGGGAUUUCCUACAAGGACUGGUCCCUGAACAUGUACUUCAAUUGUUCAGAAGACAACCCCAGCCGUGAGCGCUGCUCUGUGCCUUACUCCUGCUGCUUGCCUGUCCCCAACCAGGCAGUGAUCAACACCAUGUGUGGCCAAGGUAUGCAGGCCCUUGACUACCUAGAAGCUAGUAAAAUCAUCUACACCAAUGGCUGUAUUGACAGAUUGGUCAACUGGAUACACAGCAACCUCUUCGUACUCGGUGGUGUGGCACUGGGCCUAGCCAUCCCCCAGCUGGUGGGAAUCCUGCUGUCUAUGAUCCUCAUGAGUCAGAUCAAAGAUCAGAUCAAGCUACAGCUCUACAACCAGCAGCACCGGGCUGACCCAUGGUACUGAGAAUCCAUCCUGCACCUCUUCAGUAGGGCAGCAGGCAAGCCUCAUCAACCAACAGCCGUGGUUACAUCUCUCAGCACCAAAUGGAGAUUUGGAUUCCAGCCCCCCAGAGUGAGAGCCCAGGGGGAAGAAGCAACUCCAGAUUGCAGAAGGCAGGGUGCACAGGUGGCUCAAGGCUGGGAAGGAUGUGGCCCCUCUCCCCCUCCUAGCUCUCAGCAUUGUUGUUUUGUUCUGUUUCUAACCUUAAGCAUUUGGGUUUAUGUUUGGUUUGGUUUGUUUUGUUUUGUCUGAGCAGAGUUGCUUGAGCAACAGCAGGGGCACAGAGUUGUGCGGGCAUUAGGCUUCUCACAGAGGCGCUAAAACUGACAACUCUGCUAGGGCUGCUCCUGAGCUUGAACAUUCUCAGAUUCUGGCUGUUGCCAGCGAGACCUUCCUGGGGAGUGGACACCAGGAACCCCGCCUGGAGUCCAGUUGACAUGAUACCAGCUCCAGAAGGGAAGAGAGUGGAGCAGGCAAUGAGCAUGGGGGUCGGAUGGGGACAGUUGUAUGUGCUGGGUAGGAGUGGAAGGCGAUGUGUUUACUAACUGCCUGGCAGGCCAUCCUCCCAGGUAGUCUGAGUGAGCUACAUCCUGCCCCUCCCUCAUUUCCAUGGAAACGGGGCAGCAAGGGCAAGGGGUCCAAUAGCAGCCAAACUCAUCUCUUCUCCCCUCCUUUAAAAAAAUGUUUGGAACCAUGCUCUCUAUAUUCUGAAGCCAGCAGAGGUGGGACUGAGCCAUAGGUGCCCUUGAAUUCCUCCCCUGUCUGGCCCUUCCUCCCCAGCAAGUGGGGUAUUUCUUAACCUUGGCAGUGUGCAAAGAAAGAGAGGUAAUACCCCCCAUUCCUCUGCAUCAGAGCUUAGUGUUUCUACAAUGUAAGCAGGGAUCUUGCUGGGGCUGGGGGAGCCAGAAAUGGCAAUAAAAGUUUGUUGACCUGGGCUAA